AGGGCGUGUAAACCCAAUUGCAAUGCUGCGCUGAGUGAAAGUGAAGAAGAUGGCGACGAAAAAAGAGUGAGUAGCUAUGACGCUUGCUUGUCGAGACUGCGAAAAAAACACAAGCCUCCAGAAUUCAAGUUACGAUGCUGGGCACGAAUGAUGGUGUGGAAAAUUUAAAUUUCCCGCGGAUCACUUCCAGUCAGCUGAAGCAAAUUUAAUCCUCAUUAUCAGAAUACACCAUUUUAAUUUUGUAAAGUUGUCGAAAUAUUAACUUUAAAGUCGGAGUUGAAGAAAUGUGGCAGCUAUUCAUAUAAAUUUUAGACGAACGCACAAAAAAUAGCAUGAACUGCACGUGGAGUAAUGCACGCAUUAUAGUGCACUGUACUCACUAUUUUACGACUUUUGAAGCAAACCUCCAUGUAUUAAUUGCUGCUCAUAACGCUUGGAGCUCAUUAGAGUUGCAAUUAAAAUGCAGGUAUUGGUGUUGUUGUUUUGUUUCAAGUAAACGGAACCCAGGACGACGAAGAAAACUCUCCGGAUGUCCCAUUUUUACUGGGAAGGCGAGAGGUUCGGUCAAAAACACCCAACCAUCCAGCAAUGAGGUCACCGGGGAUUUUACGGACAUUGAAAAAAAAGGUAGGCAUCUCAACAUUUAUCCUAUAGAUGGAUUUUUUAUGUCUGCAUGUAUUCAGUUUUAAUUGAUCAGCUGAUUUAUUUUUGGUUUAGACACGUAUCCGUUGUGCCAUCCUUCAGCAGUUGAAGGACUUCAAGAGUUUGAAAGACGAUGGUGUUCUUGACGAAAACGAAUUUUCCUUACAAAAGGAAAAGCUGUUGACAGAACUAAGCUCUUUAUAA